AUGAAAGUUAAGUUUAUAUAAAAUUAAAUAAGUAUUAAUAUAUGGGGAAAUUUACAAAAGACAAACGAGUAUAAAGAAAUUCAUCAUAUUCUAAAUAAGUAUUAUAUAAUAUACUUGCUCCUUAUAUAUUUAUAAAAAUUAAAGCCUUUGCACCAUAUUUAGGAUAUUUAUUAUAGGAAAGCUAAGGAAGAUUAAUUUAGAGCAAGAUCAGCAUAUAAGCUAUUAUAAAUAGAUGAUUCUUUUUAAAUAUUUAGACAAGUAGAGAGAGCAAUAGAUUUAUGUGCAGCUCCUGGUAGUUGGUCAUAAGUUUUGGUUAAAAAAUUGACAGAAAAGAAUUUUCUUCCAUCUGAGAGUUGUAGAAUAGUAUCUGUAGAUUUGUAAGAGAUGGCACCUUUAGAUCAUGUUACAUAGAUAUAAGGAGAUAUAACUAAAAAAGCAACAGUUGAUGAAAUCUUAAAAAAAUUUAAUAACUAAAGAGCGGAUAUUAUUGUUUGUGAUGGAGCACCUGACGUAACUGGUUUUCAUGAUAUCGAUUAUUACAUCUAAUCAUAAUUAAUUGUGGCUGCAUUAAAUAUCUGUUUAAUGACUUUGAGGGAUAAUGGAAUUUUUGUAGCAAAAAUAUUUAAAGGUUCUGAUAUCAAAUUAUUGUAUUCACAAUUUAAGUUGUUCUUCAAUUAAGUUUAUUUCAUGAAACCUAAAUCAAGUAGAGCUUCAAGUGUUGAAUACUUUAUCAUGUAAAUAUAUAUAUUUAUAUGAAUUACUUUAGAUGUUUAUAAUACACUCCAAAAAUAUAAACUCAAGAUUUCCAUCUAUAUACAUUUUUGAAGGAAAUUGAAUAAGCAGAAAAAUAAAAAUAAGAAACUAUUGAUUAGGAAAUAGAAAAAGAAUAGUCCAAAUAUUACAAAUUUAUUACAUGUGGAGAUUUAUCAGGAUUUGAUGAAAAUUGA